UAAGACUGAUGCCUAAACCUGCAAGUCAUUUGAUCCACAUACCCUAACACGACAACCUUGCCUGCAACUCCCAUGGUCAUGAAUUCUAUGGCAUAAAUAGUCUUGGAAGGUCCAGAUUUAGCCAUCAACUCCAAACUAAUAGCCUUCACAGGAAAAAUACCACUAUCUCAACCAGAAUUUGCUAACACACCCUUAGCAUGUGAUUCUGCAAUCUCAGUUAGUUAACUUGGAGUGAACAAGUCCAGAGAAAGAAACAACUUAAUAGUCAUAGGAACUCCUUUGGUUGGUGAAAUGGCAUGACAAUCCCUAGACAAUGAUUGUUGGUGCAUUUUUCUUGUCUUAAUGGAGACUUCUUCCAAAUGAGCUUGGUGAUACGCUUGUAGAAGAGUUUGUGGCUGAAACUUCCUCACCUAUGCUCGAAUCUCACUGAAUAAGCCAUGGAUAAAACCAAUAAUGACGGCGAGAUUCAGAGUGCUCCACUUUCGAUUUUAGAAACUCGAUCGCCAACCGAGUUGGGGAUUUACCAUCCACUGCAAAAUUCGUCACCAAUAGUCAAAGAUUUGUCACCUCCUCCUAGUUUCAGCUCGACUCUCCCUUUAGGCGGUCAAAUGGAAUCAGUUCCUGCUUGGGCAACAGGGUUUCUAUUUGGCAAAAUCAAUGGCAGGUUGACUCCAAGCAGUCGUUGCUCCUAUCGGCGAUAGCUUGCGACAGAAUUCUCUAAGUUUCUGUUCCUUCUUCAAUAGCCGAUUCGGUUCCUUCUUCAAUAGCCGUCAGAGAUUGGGACAUCUCCAUGACUCCAAUUCCACAGCAGGCAUAGCAUGUUUGGAACUAGAUCGUUUCACCCCACAUUGAGCAACUUCUACUUCUCCACUUCCAGUGGAGCUCGAUAAGGAUUAAGAACCGAUUCCUUUAUCAACGGAUGUACGUUACUGUGAAUCGGAAAUUCCUAUCUUCUUCGGCGACAACCCAGCGGGAUAGGCUAAGUUGUGUGAGAAAAUGUUCAUUCUCUUUAAUAUUCCCAAUGAUCAAAAGGUGAAGUUAUCAGUAAUCAAUUUUGGCCAUAGGGCAGGUGUUUGGUUCGAGAAUUGGGCUUAUAUGGUCGCUCAGUGUUGGUAUGGAUGGAAUUUGUGGAUAGCUUGUGUAGGCAUUUUGGAACUCUAUUGCAGCGUGCAGAUUACUUGAGUAUGGACAGUCCAAUAACUAACACAGGGAAUGAGAUUGUUGAAUCUUUCCCUAAUGCAACCCUAAUUGUUGGGAAUGGGGGUUUAGUUGUUGAGUUUCAAGAUUCAGAUUCAAGAGAUUUGUUAGCUAGAGGUUGCUCUGCAGAUGUUUUGGGUGGUUGUUUAGUUGUAACAGAAAUGGGGAAAGACGAUGAGUAUGAUGAGCAAAAGACAAUAGCUCCAUACCUUGGCAUUUUAGACCCAUUGGGAAAUGGCAAAGCAACUGAAGUGACUCCUGGUAAUGAGGUUUGCAUCGAAUCAGUAUCGACCCUGCUGCGGCCAAACUUGAAUGAGAACAGACUCAAUGAUGAAGGGGGUUGUGUUGGUUGCAAAGGCUAUGGAAAUGGGUCGUUUACAGUUGAAGCAAGUGGUUUUGGGAGCCUACUGAGAUGCAAUUCCAUUGUGUUGCUUUUGAUCAGUCUCCAGAUAUGUUUGGUUUUAUGGAAAAGGUAGUUCCGAACUAUGCCAAAGAUUAGCCUGCAGAAACAUCAUGCAAGAAGCUCACACUUGAGACUUCUGAGUUACAGGGAAGUCGUGGGUUGAAGGAGCCAACUUUUGAUGAACUUGAAGGCAUAGUGAGAAUCAAACAAGCAGUAACACGAAUGUUCCAAGCAAGAGUAGAUGAGUCUAAAAGAGAAGUUGUGGGCUACGAGUUGGCGUUUAUAAUAGUUGUGGAGCAUUUGGAGCAUAUUGCUCAUCACAACAGGAAAUGUGGUAUGGCAGUGGGGAUGUUGGGUAUCAGAUUUAUCCAACUUACUAUAGUGUUUGUGUUAUUUCUUGUGGCAGGGGUAGUAGUCCUGAUUUCAAUGAAGUAUACAAGGGGCUGGUAUUUGCUAUAGGGGUUGCCAUUUUUGUCAUCUUGGGUAGAAAUCACAACUUGCAACUCAUCUUCUUAUGUUGCCUCACGAGGAGCUAUCACAUGUUGCAACAUUCUAUAAUAGCCUUCCUAUUUAAUCCUUUGUGGUGAUAUCUUUCUGGGUUGUUAUGGGUUCCAAUUGUUUUCAGCCUUGAGGACAGUCCGUUCUCAAGGAGUGGGGAUUGUAAUAAUCAGGAUGAAUUUGUCUAGAAUGUUUAGUUGGGGGGUCACUUUGUAAUUGGGUUGUCCUAUAUAUUGAUUUGUAUGGUAAGGAAGAGAGUUAACGAAUUACAGAGCAACUAAAUACAUAAUUUUCCCCCUCUUCUUCUUCUUCCCUCCACUGCAACUUAUAUGGUCUCUUCUUCCUUACUUUCGUCUUCUUCCUUAAUAAUCCUUCUUUCUCAUGUCCAAUUCCAUGUCUUCUCUGCUAAAUCACCGGAAAUCAAUCCCUCCACUGACCAGUGACCUCAACUCCUAUAGGCCGCGCCACCGCGGCUGUGAAAGCAGAAUGGUGGGCAGAAGUAGUAGCGAUGGCGGCAGCGGAGACCAAUAAAAGGUAUUUUUGGUUUGUGGUUUUGAACAGCAACUGCUCGAUUUUGGAUUAACCCGAUCGCGAACCGCAAAUCGUAAAAAAUUUAUAAUGCAUAUUAGACCGCAAAUCUUACGGUGCAAUUUGGUUCGAUCGCAAAAGCAGUUCGGUGCGAUUUGCAGUGGGUUGACCUCACCAAUGCCCACCUCUAAACGAACUGAAUAUGAUACAGUGGAUCAAGGUUUUUUUAAAUCCUGUUGCCCGUUCCCAAACUUGAACUUCCACGAGAGUCUAUGAACUUCCAAAACUAUGUCACUUGAUCCGAUUUAAGGUUUGUCCUUGAAGAUCACGUCUUUCAAGAACCAGUUAGUCCCAAUAACUCGAGUUGUUGAGAGAGGUUCAAUCGUGAAUCAUAUACUGUUUACUAACACACACCCUCAAACUCAAGCCACUUAGAUAGGCUUUGAGUUUGCACAGGCACAAGUCCGGACAUCAUGUGCUUAACAGAAAUAGAAACAUAUGGGGGUCGUCGAGAUUAGAACCAGUUAGUUCCAAUAACUUGAGUUGUUGAUAGAGGCUCAAUCGUGAAUCAUAUACAGUUUACUAACAACGUCCUCCAAUUCACGGAUGUGAUCUUUGAUGUCAUGGUAGUGGACUAUGAAGUCGCAGUCGAACACUAGCUAGUGACUUGACUAUGAGAGUUUAUUUUUAUCUUCAGAAAUUAUUUGUUUGAUAUCAUGGUCUGAGCACCAAAAUCACGGAGGUGAUUUUUCUCACCUGUUACUGAAGUCAGAUCAUGGACAGGGAUCAUAGCCGUGGUCUUUUUCCUGUUAUCAGAAUCUUUGAUCUUCAACCCACACCUUUGCACUUGUGCCCAAUUUGACUCGAGUCCACUUCAACACUCAAAUAUGUCGCCUCAAAUCUAAUGAAAAUGAAUAUGAAAC